AUGGAUCCUUGGGCAACAACAGGCAACACAGAAACCAGUCAAGAGGUCUGCUCCAGUUUCGAAGACAAUUUCAAGCCCGAAACUCCGCACCUGCCCGAUUCCGAUCAGUACCUGGCGACACUCGAAUCGAAAUUGCAGAAGAUCAAGAACGACCCCGACAUACUGAAGCAGCUCGCCGAGAAAAAGGAGUCUUGCAUGCAGCAGCUGAUCAGCGGUGAAGCGCUCGAAGAGGAAUUUCUGGAGACGCCAGUGAAUUACGGGCCGACCAUCUGA